AGAAGACAUCAACAGAUCAGCCACACCAAAUCCAGUGAAUGCAUGUGCCAACAAUGCUAGUCAAUUCAAGGAGGCCAAUCAAGCUACCACAACUAUCAGGAUGCACAAGUUAGCAUUCAAGGAAACAAUAGAUGAUGCCACCUACUAUAAAGAAUUUGAUAUCAGAAGACUAGCCGAGACGGAAUGCCAAGUUACUAUCA